AUGCCGCAGGUGGAUACUGACAGCACGAGGUCAAAGGAGAGGGAAGCACCACCCUCAAAGCCUGGAGACCUGUGGUCCUGCAGUCCUGCGCUCCGCGACCGGGCUGGGCAGCGCACAGAGCAGCAGUGGGCACAUGAGACGCAAGGAUCCAGCCCAAUGAAUGGAAGACACCGAGCUAACGCGUUAGCCACAAACAUGCCGAAUUUUUGCGCGGCCCCAAACUGCACAAGGAAAAGUACAGAGUCUGAUUUGGCUUUUUUCCGUUUCCCUCGUGAGCCAGAAAGAUGUAAAAUGUGGGUUGAGAAUUGUCGAAGGGCAGAUUUAGAGACCAAAACAUCAGAUCAACUGAAUAAGCACUACAGACUGUGUGCCAAACAUUUUGACCCAGCAAUGGUGUACAAAACGAGCCCAUACAGAACGGUUUUAAAGGACACUGCUAUCCCGACUAUAUUUGAUCUCACCAGCCACUUGAAGAAUCCACAUACUAUGAGACAUCGCAAACGAAUAAAAGAACUGACCGAGGAAGACUUAGAAAAGAUUAAAGAAAGGCGCUUGGUAACUUCUACUGAUCAGCUUGUAAAGAAAGAAGCAAUAGUUGAGGAGAGCAACACUGAUGAACCUCAAAUGUCCAUUGAGGAGAAGGAAUAUCGGGACUACCUUAGAUCACUAUUUGAAAUUAUGCUUUUGAUGGGGAAAAAGAAUAUCCCAUUAAACAAUGACCCAGUUAAUGAAUCUGAACCAAAGACGAGCAAUCUUCAGUGCCUUCUUGAUCUAUGCAUGAAUGCAGGGAACGAUGUGUUGCGCAAACGUUUUCAGGCCACAGCCGUCAACUCUGAUUACCUCUCAUCAACACACCAGUGUCAGCUACUGGAUGUUUGUGAAAAUACAGUCCGAGAGGAGAUUCUCAUGGAGGUCAGAGAGAGCCGCUUCUUCUCCUUAGUCACAGGAGAAGUUUUGGAAAUUGCGGGCGACGAGUUUGCUCUUGUGGAAAGGCUUGAGACGCAGCUCACUCAGCGCUGGGGGCUCAGCAUGGAAGACUGCCGUGGUCAAGCUCAUAAAGCUACUGGAGCCUUUGGCCGGAACCUCCAGGGAGAAACCCUUGAUGUGUAUAGUGCUGCCAACAGCCUGACAGCGGUUUUACACUCCUUAAAUGAGGUAAACGAUAACAUUGAUGUGUACCAUGAGUUUUGGUAUGAAGAGGCUCUCAAUGUGGCUGGCCUUUUGGGUGUUCAAGAAAACCUCCCACGACUGUUCAUUCGUAAACAGCGAACCUCUGAGAUUGGUGAAGUCCAGGCAGAGGCAUAUUAUAAAGAAUAUGUGACCAUGCCUGUACUAUGUGGCAUCAUGCAGGAAGUGGAGGACAUGUUUUCGGAGAGCAAUCUCAAGGCUUUAAAAUGUCUCUCACUCGUGCCUGGAAUCAUGGGUCACCUGAAGUUCAAUACAAUGGAGGAGAAUUGUACAGAUGUGUACCGCAGUGACCUGCCAAGCUCAGACACACUCACAGCAGAGCUGCACUGCUGGAGAAUCAAGUGGAAACAUCGAGGUAAAGAGGUGCCUCUGCCUAACACCAUUCAUGAAACUCUACAGCUUCCUGAUGUUAAGUUCUUCCCAAAUGUGAACACAUUCCUUAAGGUGCUGUCUACAUUACCAGUGCUCAAGUUGGCAGAGAAGAAUAAUGCAGCUCUGAAGAGAUUGCAGGAUUAUUUUGGUUACAUGCCUUCUUCACAGUGGAACAAAAGUUUAGCCAUGCUUAACAUAAACACUCACGUCAAAUGUGAUCUGGAAGUCAUGGUGGAUAAAUACUGCAGGCUGUACCCUGAAGAAGAUCCUGGAGGGGAGUCUGAGGGAGCGACUGAAGAGGAACCAAAAGUAUGA